AUGUCUUUUAAUUUACUAGCAUUAGCAGAUAUAGGGGACCUAGAUGUAACAUAUAGCAAUGUGCUAUACUGGAAAGCUAGUAGUGUUACACUGCCCAGUGCCACACUGCCCAGUGCCACACUGCCCAGUGCCACACUGCCCAUUGACACACUGCCCAGUGCCACACUGCCCAGUGCCACACUGCCCAGUGCCACACUGCCCAUUGACACACUUCCCAGUGCCACACUGCCCAGUGCCACACUGCCCAGUGCCACACUGCCCAGUGCCACACUGCCCAUUGACACACUGCCCAUUGACACACUUCCCAGUGCCACACUGCCCAGUGCCACACUGCCCAGUGCCACACUGCCCAUUGACACACUGCCCAGUGCCACACUGCCCAGUGCCACACUGCCCAUUGACACACUGCCCAGUGCCACACUGCCCAGUGCCACACUGCCCAGUGCCACACUGCCCAUUGACACACUGCCCAUUGACACACUGCCCAUUGACACACUGCCCAGUGACACACUGCCCAUUGACACACUGCCCAUUGACACACUGCCCAUUGACACACUGCCCAUUGACACACUGCCCAGUGACAGACUGCCCAGUGACAGACUGCCCAGUGACAGACUGCCCAGUGACAGACUGCUCAUAAACAUACUUCCCAGUGACACAUUGCCUAGUGACAAACUGUCCAGUGACCGAAUGCCACAGUACCUGGUGCCACAAUACCAUUGA